AUGGCCAGCAACUCAUUUCGUGGGUCCAAACAUGGCCGACGUGGCGAGGCCAACCAUGAGGCAGAGUUCAGCUGCUCACUACAGGAGCUGCGCUCACUCAUGGAGCUACGAGGACCAGAGGCUGUAUCCAAAAUUCAUGAAUGUUAUGGAGAUGUUCAAGGACUUUGUGCCAGAUUGAGGACUUCGCCUGUUGAAGGUUUAGAUGGAAAGUCAGAGGACAUCGACCGAAGGAAACAGGAGUUCGGACAAAACCUCAUCCCUCCCAAAAAGCCAAAAACCUUUGUGCAGUUAGUCUGGGAAGCCCUCCAGGAUGUCACACUGAUCAUCCUGGAGGUGGCAGCCGUUAUUUCCCUAGGCCUUUCUUUUUACAGACCACCAGAUGCUGAGAGACAAAAUUGUGGCAGUGCUGCAGGGGGUGUGGAGGAGGAUGGAGAGGCAGAGGCAGGAUGGAUCGAGGGUGCAGCCAUCCUGCUCUCAGUGAUAUGUGUGGUCCUAGUGACGGCCUUUAAUGAUUGGAGUAAAGAGAAGCAGUUCCGUGGCCUUCAGAGCCGCAUCGAGCAGGAGCAGAAGUUCACUGUGGUCAGAGGGGGGCAAGUGAUCCAGAUCAAAGUGUCAGAGAUCGUCGUUGGGGACAUCGCACAGGUCAAAUAUGGUGACCUCCUUCCUGCUGAUGGCGUCCUGAUUCAGGGAAAUGAUCUGAAGAUUGAUGAGAGCUCUCUGACCGGAGAGUCAGAUCAUGUCAAGAAGAUUCUCGACAAAGAUCCCAUGCUGCUGUCAGGUACCCAUGUCAUGGAAGGAUCUGGCAAGAUGCUAGUCACUGCUGUAGGUGUGAACUCUCAGACUGGAAUCAUCUUUACUCUCCUUGGUGCCGGGGAGGAAGGUGAAGGUGAUGGCGAGGAGAAAGGGGAAAAAGAAAAGAAAAAGGAGAAAUUAAAAGAGCGGAAAAAGAAGACUAAGGACAAGAAAAGUAAACAAGAUGACAAAGCCAAGACAGGUAAAGACAAGGAUGGACCCACUGUGGAGAUGCAGCCGCUCAAGGAAGAUGGAGAAUUAGACAAGAAGAAGAAAAAUCUACCAAAGAAAGAGAAGUCCGUCCUCCAGGGGAAGCUGACCAAACUUGCUGUGCAGAUUGGAAAAGCAGGUCUGUUCAUGUCGACUCUCACAGUCAUUAUCCUCAUCACUCGCUUCCUGAUCGACACCUUUGCUGUUCAGGGAGUUCCCUGGACCAAUGAGUGUCUGCCCAUCUAUGUGCAGUUCAUGGUUAAGUUCUUUAUCAUCGGUGUGACAGUCCUGGUGGUAGCUGUGCCUGAAGGUCUCCCUCUGGCUGUCACCAUCUCCCUGGCCUAUUCAGUCAAGAAAAUGAUGAAGGACAACAACCUUGUCCGUCACCUCGAUGCCUGUGAGACAAUGGGCAACGCCACAGCCAUCUGCUCUGACAAGACGGGAACCCUCACUAUGAAUCGUAUGACGGUGGUGCAGGCAUACAUUGCAGGGCACCACCAUCGAAAGGUGCCAGAACCAGACCACAUUCCUGCAAAGAUCCUAGAUCUGCUCAUCCAAGGCAUCGGGGUCAACUGCGCCUACACCACCAAGAUUAUGCCUCCAGAGAAGGAGGGAGGGCUGCCUCGCCAGGUGGGAAACAAGACUGAAUGUGCCUUACUGGGAUUCUCCCUGGACCUGCGCAAAGACUACCAGACUGUCCGCAAUGAAAUCCCAGAGGAGAAGCUCUUCAAGGUCUAUACCUUCAACUCUGUGAGGAAGUCCAUGAGCACCGUACUGAAGAACUAUGAUGGCAGCUACCGAAUGUACAGCAAGGGGGCCUCUGAAAUCCUGCUCAAGAAGUGCUGUAAGAUCCUUGUGGCCAGCGGCGAGGCCAAAGCCUUCAAACCUCGAGACAGAGACGAGCUGGUGAAGAAAGUGAUUGAGCCAAUGGCCUCAGAGGGUCUCAGGACCAUCUGUCUCGCCUACAGAGACUUUUCCGCCACUGAAGGACAGCCAGACUGGGAUGAUGAGGCUCAUAUCCUCACUGGCCUAACCUGCAUCGCUGUGGUUGGCAUUGAAGACCCUGUAAGACCUGAGGUACCAGAGGCCAUUAGAAAAUGCCAGCGGGCAGGGAUCACAGUCCGAAUGGUGACCGGAGACAACAUAAACACUGCCAGGGCCAUUGCCACCAAAUGUGGCAUCCUCCAUCCUGGAGAUGACUUCCUGUGCAUGGAGGGCAAAGAGUUUAAUCGACGGAUUCGCAACCAAAUGGGAGAGAUUGAACAGGAGCGUAUUGACAAGAUCUGGCCCAAACUUAGAGUCCUCGCAAGAUCUUCUCCAACAGACAAGCACACCCUGGUGAAAGGUAUCAUCGACAGUACUGUGCUGGAGCAAAGACAGGUUGUCGCCGUAACUGGAGAUGGAACAAACGACGGCCCUGCCCUCAAGAAAGCAGACGUUGGCUUUGCUAUGGGCAUCGCAGGGACAGAUGUGGCGAAGGAAGCUUCAGACAUCAUCCUGACUGACGAUAACUUCAGCAGCAUCGUAAAGGCUGUGAUGUGGGGUAGGAACGUCUAUGACAGCAUCUCAAAGUUCCUGCAGUUCCAGCUCACCGUCAAUGUGGUUGCGGUCAUUGUGGCCUUCACCGGAGCAUGCAUCACUCAGGACUCUCCUCUUAAAGCCGUGCAGAUGUUGUGGGUCAACCUCAUCAUGGACACCUUUGCUUCACUGGCUCUCGCCACCGAGCCACCAACCGAGGCGCUGCUGUUUAGGAACCCCUACGGCCGCAAAAAGCCACUCAUUUCCCGCACCAUGAUGAAGAACAUCCUCGGACACGGCAUCUACCAGCUGACUAUUAUCUUUACCCUGCUGUUUGUUGGUGAGAAGAUAUUUGACAUUGACAGUGGCAGGAACGCCCCCCUCCAUGCCCCGCCCUCAGAGCACUACACCAUCGUGUUCAACACGUUCGUCCUGAUGCAGAUCUUCAACGAGCUUAACGCACGCAAGAUUCAUGGUGAGAGGAACGUCUUUGAGGGCGUCUUCAACAACCCAAUCUUCUGCUCCAUCGUCCUAGGAACCCUUAUCGUACAGUUCCUUAUCGUACAGUUUGGAGGUAAACCAUUCAGCUGUGUGAGCCUGAACCUUGAGCAGUGGCUGUGGUGUGUCUUCCUGGGCCUCGGCAGCCUCCUGUGGGGACAGCUGGUGUCCAGUAUUCCCACCAGCUGGCUGAAAUUCCUGAAGACGGCAGGCCACGGCACUCAGCAAGAGGAGAUCCCAGAAGAUGAGCUGGAGGAGAUGAAGGACCAGGAUGCCAUCGACCACGCUGAGAUGGAGAUGAGGAGGGGUCAUGUGCUGUGGUGCCGUGGCCUCAACCGCAUUCAGACACAGAUCCGUGUGGUGAACGCCUUCAGAGACAGCGUCUCUCCCUACGAGGGUCUUGAGACGCCCGAAUCCCGCAGCUCCAUCCACAACUUUAUGACCACCCCAGAGUUCCGAAUUGAGGACUCGGAGCCUCAGAUACCCAUGAUCGAUGAGGUCGAAGGUGAAGAUGAUGCUCCCACCAAACGUAACUCCAUAGGCAUCCCACCGCCACUGACCGGACUGUCCACACAUCAGCAGCUCCCACCCAACCAGAACAACAAUGCCAUGGACCGCAUUGUUCCGUUACAUAAGGACGCGUCCAGGCCAGGUCUGAUGCAGCCCAACUCAGCCACUCUGCCUCCUUGUCCGGGCAGCCCCCUGCACAGCCUGGAGACCUCACUCUGA